CACGUGGAGGAGUGUUCCGGAGUCUUAAGUAUUUGCUCAGUGCCGGAAUUGUUUGUCUGAAUAAAAUCUCGAAAUUGUAUUCAGCUUGGUUUUCAUUAUUUCAUUUUACAAAUUUCUGAAAUGGUCAAGAAACGUAAGUUUGUUGAAACAAAAUCUCUUAAGUCACCACCAGUAGAAGUUGUAAUCCGGGAUCUAACUACUCAUCCUCUUUGCCUUCAUGGUCCUACGCUGCUGUUUUCUAGUGAAAAGGGAAAGUAUUAUUCCUGUUCAUUAUGCAGAAAUAAAAAGGACUGCACCUUGCGUAUAGAGGAAGAGGACUGGAAAAAGGAGAGUGUGAAGAAGCUGAAUGAAAAGUACUACAAUCUUAUCCCUAAAAUUGAUAAAGCAACGUUAUGGAGUAAUUUCAAUGAGGUCAAAACACAGCAUUCAUCUAACCGUGCUUACUGUAACACUUGUCAAGAACUCUAUAUCUUAUCACAAAGCAAGAAGCAUCUCAAAGACCACAGAGUCAUUACUCCAUUGAGCGAUGAGCAAUUGACACAUCCAUCAUCAUGGUUACCAGCAUUGAACGAUGACAGUGUUGAAGCACAGUACUUGUUCACUAAAAAGUCUGUCAGUACUGUCUUAGGUAUACUCAAAAAUAAUAAAAUCAGAAAUAUUUUAUGCAUUGGCACACCAAGCAUACAUGAAGCUGCCCAGUCCAGCCAAGACUUUGAUUCCAUACUACUAGACUUUGAUAAGAGGCAUGCACAAUUCAAUCCACCAAAAAAAUUUUUGUGGUACAACAUGUUCAACAAUUAUCUUUUCAACGGGAAUACUGAUGAGAAUGUGUUGAAAAAUUUCAUAAAGAAAUCUAGAGAAGGAGGUAUUUGUGUUGUAAUGGAUCCCCCAUUUGGAGGCAGAGUUGAACCUCUUGUAUUGGCACUGAGGGAAAUGUCCGAUUUAUAUAGAAAAAUCUUUGAAAAAAGUGAAGUAGAAACCAUACCAGUGAUUUGGGCAUUUCCUUAUUUCUCCGAACCAUACAUAACGAACAUGAUGCCAGAAAUCAAAAUGCAUGACUAUCAGGUGGAGUAUGAGAAUCACAAGAAAUUUCAUAAUAAAUCCAAAGGGGGCAGAAAGUUUGGUUCACCUGUUCGUUUCUUCACUAACCUUCCUUUGUUUACCAUUGACAUGUCGAAUGACAAGAACUACAAGCUUUGUGACAAAUGCAAAUAUUGGGUCUCCGUGAGUAAUAACCACUGCAAUAAGUGCAAGGAAUGCACUAGUAAGAAUGGGAUGACUUACAAACACUGCAAUAUAUGUAAGCGAUGUGUGAAGCCAACAUUCUUCCACUGUCAAGAGUGUGGUCGGUGUUGCCAACAGAAGGGGCACGAGUGCAACGUUGUUGUGCAAAGUCAGUCCUGUUACAAUUGUCAAGAGAAAGGACAUAAGCAGUCUGAUUGCCCACAACUACAAGGGAGAAACAAGAAGAAAAAACGAAUUCAAGCGUAAUGAU